AUGGGCUUGCUCAGCCUUCUUAGGAAGCUUAAGAAGUCGGACGGGGAGGCGAGGAUUCUGGUUCUGGGGCUCGAUAACGCGGGAAAGACGACUAUUUUGAAGAAACUUUCGGAAGAAGACAUCACCACCAUUCAACCGACGCAGGGCUUCAACGUCAAGUCGCUGCUGCACGAGGGAUUCAAGCUGAACGUGUGGGACAUCGGCGGGCAGAAGACGAUCCGGCCGUACUGGCGCAACUACUUUGAGCAGACGGACGCUUUGGUGUAUGUUAUCGAUUCCUCCGACCGCAAGCGCCUGGACGAGACGGGCGAGGAGCUGGCGCGGCUGCUGGAGGAGGACAAGAUGCAGGGGAUCCCCGUGCUCGUGCUGGCGAACAAGCAGGACCUGAUGCACGCGAUGGCGCCAGACGAGAUUGCAGAUCUGCUCAACCUGUUCUCGAUUCGAGAGCACCCGUGGCAGAUCCAGCCGUGCUCGGCGAAGACCGGGGACGGGCUGCGAGAGGGCAUGGAGUGGCUCGUGCGCCAGGUGAAAUGA